CAAACUGAUUUAGCAAAACCGAGUUUUUCUAUGGAGUUUUUCUGAAAGUCAUUGUUUCCUAGCAACUACAAACUAUAUGUUUUGAGUGAUUGUGAUCAUUUCAAAGUAGUUUAUACCUUGAUUAACUCAUUUUUGAGCUUUUAAACUGAGAGUGAAACCUCAAAAUGACAGAGGAGAUGAACCUCACUAAACUUGAGCGUCUUCAGGACCAGCUGGAGAGCUGUCAGCUUGAGCGUGGGCACCUGGAGAAGCAGAAUGAGGACCUGCUCGUUCUGACCGACAAGCUGCAGAAGGACAAAAUGGAGGCCAGUAAGCGUGUAACUCACAUGGCAGCCCAGAAAGAGAAGAGGUUGGAUGAGCUGCACGAUGAGCUGAUCCGCCAGAAAGAGAACAGCCAGCAGGAGAUCAGAGAAACACUGCAGAAUCACAGCCAGGAGAUGGAAGAGAUGCAGCAGCAAAUUGACAAGCUCAACACCAUUAAAGCCCAGCAAGCUGUAGAUCUGGAGGAAGGUGAGAAGAAGAUGAUGGAGCUGAAGCAGCAGAGGUCUCAAGCUGAGUCGCUGGAAAAGAAGGUUCUACUUGCAGAAAUAGCAUUCCAGAAAAGAAUGGAGGAGAUGGAGUCGUUAAUGAAAAAAUCUUUGGAAAGACGGCAGGAAAAGCUGGAAGAAACAAUCAAAAGAAAUGCCGACAUAAUUUUUGCGGAGCUGAAUGCCAACAUUGAGGAAAGGCUGGAGUUUCGUCAGUUCUUGUCAAAGGAAGCUGAAGAACAGGCUCAAGAGGUUUCUGAUCUGAAGCUCAAAAUAGCUGACAUGAUGGCGAUAAGGACGGAUGUCAAAGCACAGAGUAGCGUCACUGCUGAGGAGAAAUCGUCUCUCAUCAAGGAAUUAAAGUUGUUAAAGCAGAUCAUCUCAGAGAGAACCCAUAAAAGAGACAAACUGGACGUGGAAGAGACUGACAAACACAGACUAAAGAUGUCCUUCCAAAGAUGAUCUCCUCCGUCCUCUCUGCCCCCUGCUGCAGAACCAGAAACCUUCAGUCCUUCAACCACGUCUGUCCUGGUUCAGCCACCAGAGAAAUCCCAGACAGGGAGUUCUGCAGCCUCGUCUCUCCUGGAUCCUUGAAAUUCACCUAAAAUAAAAAUCUAAAUUUAAAAAUUCCAAUAA